AUGACCAUAGACACUCAACCCCUUCCAACAGCAGCCCAAAUCUCCCUCCAAACCUUCCACCUCCCCGCCUUCCCCCCCGAAGCAGCCUCCCUCAAACACCUAACCCUAACCUCCGACAUCAAGCCCACCGACUACGCAGACCUGCUGUCCACCCAAGAUGCAACGCCACCAAUAAUCCCACCGACUCUCCCCAAGGGAAUCCAAUCCCUAACCCUCGAACUCUUCUCCCUAGGCUACCCAGCCCCCUUCCUCACAAACUUGGGGAAAUCCCUCCCCAACCUCAAAGACCUCACGCUGUACUCCCACCUCAUCGACGGCGUAAGCGACGCCUCCCGUCGCGACGCAGGAGAGUUCAUCCGCGGUAUUCUCACGGGUUCAAACAACUAUAAAGAUGAGAAUGAGAAUACUACCAGUACAGGACUCCGGGAAUUGCAUCUCCUGGAUGUAUUCUGUCGGAAGGGGUUUAUCAAGGGGAUCGGCGAUGUUCUACAUGACCGGAAAUCCCAAGGUGCACUACGCUUCCUGGAGGUGUCGUACACGUAUCGCGGCCAUUCGGAUGGAGCGUUCCUGGAUAGGAUUCCCGUGGAUGAGUUGCCGCGUUUGCUAGUUAAAGGGCUGGUGGGGGUGUCGUUGAGGUUGGACGCUGCUACUGCUGGGUUGGAGGAGGAGGACGUGCCUGAUGAUCCGGCCGAUGUGGGGGAUCGCGUUGGGAGGAAGCCGGAGGGGAUUGUGCCGGUGGGGUCUGGGCAUGACGGGACGGGGUUGUUGGUGGAGAGGUUGGAUGAAGUUGAAUCUGAUUCGGGGUCAGGGUUGAAGAUGCUGGAUUGUACGCUCUAUGCCCUGUCACUUGAGCAGCUGGGACGUGUGCUACGGCGUCAGAGACGGUUGGCGGUUCUCAGUGUUAGCGUCCUUGUCUCUGAGGGGGAGGAUGCAAAGAAGGGGUUAUUGGAGACCUUGAGACUUGGGGGUGGGGAGCUGGAGGUUGUGGAGGUUGUGGGGGUUCCUGGGUCGGAGUGGAAGGAUAUUGCGGACUCGGUCAAGUCGCAGGAUCUUUUCCGGGACGUCUUCCCUUCGUCAUCUGAUAUGCUGGGUCUUGCUGCUGCGUUGCCGCGUCUGGAGAGCUUUUCCAUGACGAUCCUGCGGGCGCCGGCGUUUGGGUCUGUUUCGUGGGUGAGAAGGGAUGGUCAAUGGGUGGCUGACACUGAACGGCCAUAG